CGACAAGGUGGCAUCAGCGCCAGAGGACAUUGGGAAUCUGUUGCGUUAUCUUGCAGGAUGACAACGAUGCAUAUGUAUAAGUAUGAGCUCAACGCCACCAUCUCCACCAGUCUUCUCCAGUCUUCAGUCUUCUUCACUUCCUUUCUUCCCCUCAUUGCCUACGUGUUAUUCUGUUUUUCCCACCCGGGCGCAGGACGUCAAUGUAUCUUCCUAAAUUCAAGUCAUCGGAGGGCGGAGGUUGUGGAUCGUUCGGUUGCGUACGAUCAGGACGUUCGGCCCCUGCAUUUGUCGAAGAGUCUCUAGCCCCUAGAGGACAAGCUGAAAUGAGCGCACAGCCUACGAACUCAAAUCCAUACAUCGCGCAAACGGGGAUUAUCGUCAUCGGGGUCACCUGUGGCCUUCUAGCGCUCAUUGUGACCGUGACCACUGUAAUCUUGAGAACCCGAGAGCGCCGUAAACAGGCAAAGGAGAAAUCACUCGUAAAUCAGCCAGCUGGCGUCACUUACAAGAAGGAAACCCAGAUCUGCACCGACUCAAUGCAACUCGUCGAAUUGACACACCGUGUGGUUCUUCCUCGUCAUCCGCAAGCAUCGUAUUCCGUCUCAUCGUUCGGCUCCUCCAAGUCACGCGGAUCGCUAGAGGGUUCGAAGUACGUCGACCCCUUAGCACCCACACAUAUAACGCCUGGCGCCGAAUCGCCCACCUCACUCCAGGACAGGGAGUUAGACCAAGACAGUGCAGAGAGGGGAAUAAUUUCAGCAGGAGUCACCCUACCUCCUUCCCCCAAAUCGCAUCAU